AUGAAUUUUAUAAAGACAUGUUUGAGUUCAUACCCUGUAAAAUAUUAUGGAAAAACAUAUAAAGUUACAAAUAUUCUCAAAUUGAAUGGGAUUGGAUUAAAAAGUGCAAAUGAUGAAGAAAUAAAAAAUUUCUUAAACAAGUUUGAUUUAAAUUGUAUGGUUUACCUAAUUGAAAACGAAGACAUAAUUUAUCUUGAGUUCCAUAGAAAAAAGGAAUGCUCAUAUUUAUUUAACUUUUUAAACAAUAACUCUCGAAAUUGUACAACCCCAUUUGAGUUUGAUAUAAAGGCAGAAUAUUCAAAUAUAAAAUAUGACAUAAAAAAAGAUUGUUCUAAUAUAUAUUCACCAGCAUAUGAAAAGUUACUACAAAAAACUGAUGCCAUAUUUAUAUAUAAUGAUGUUUUAGAUCCAAAUAUGUCUAAUGAUAUUAUCCAAAAUUUUGAAAAUGAAAAAUGGUCUAAAUAUACCAAAAAUGAUGAAAUAAAUAUUAGUCAUUAUUUUUAUAGAGGCACACCAAACAAGAUAUAUAAAACAUACUGUGUUCAAGAUGCCUCCUCUUUUUUUCCAUCUGCAUUUUUAACAAAAAUUAAAAAAUUAUUAGGAGAUAAAGAGCCAAAUCAAUACACCAUUUUAAAAUGUCAUAUUAAAAAAUCAAUUGAAUAUAUUGUGGAAUCGAGCUAUAUUUUUGAAGAUGAAAUUGCAUUUUUGGUCCUCGAAAAUGACCUCCCAAUGUCCUUUCUAGAUAUAAAAAAUGAAUCCAAAACAAAUUUGAUGAUAAAAAAAAAUACUCUCAUCAAAAUAAAAGGCAAAUUAAGAUACGAACUUAUUUAUGGUAUCCCUAAGAAAAAAAGUAUACAACUUGAUGACCAGAUUGUGGAAAGAGAAACUAGCUAUUUAAUAAUUUUCCGAUUUAUAAAUAAAAAUAAUAUAGAGGGAAUGUUAGCACAUAAAACAAGAAAGGAAAUUAUUAAGGAUCCAAAACAAGAAAACAGUUGCAUACCUAUCAAUGUUAAUGAAUACUCUCCAGAACAUUUGGAAAAAGAAUAUGUCAUGGAUGUUUAUAAUCAAAUAGCUCAACAUUUUUGUUACACCAGAUAUAAACCAUGGAAUAAUGUAGAAAAUAUUAUUAAUCAAGAAAAAGAAGGAAAUAUAAUUAUGGAUGCUGGGUGUGGAAAUGGAAAAAACCUUAAAGCAUCUUCAAAAUAUUGUUUUAUUGGAUUUGAUUUUAGUUUGUAUUUAUUAAAAACAGCUAAAAAAAGACCAAACACAGAUAUAUUUUUAGCUAACUGUAUUAAUAUACCAAUAAAGUCAAACAUAGCAGAUUUAUGCAUUUCGAUAGCCGUCAUACAUCACCUUGGGACACAUGAAAGCAGGAGAAAAGCUGUUUCAGAGAUGGUGCGAUGCACAAAAAUCGGAGGAAAAGUCUUAAUAUAUGUCUGGGCAUAUGAGCAAAAAGAAAAUGUUGUAGGAAACAGAAAAUUCGAUUCCCAAGAUAUAUUUGUUCCCUGGUAUUUACAACAACAACAUUUAGCAGAAACAAAUCCGGAUGGCACUCUGGAUGACAAGAUUGCCUACGCCCCAACCAAAAAAAAUCUAUUAAAAUUUCAAAGGUAUUACCACGUGUUUAGAAAAGAAGAACUAUACGAUCUAUGCACUAGUAUUGAUGGGGUGCAGGUUGAGGAUUUUUUUUUUGAUAACAACAAUUGGGCAAUUCUGUUAAAAAAAAAAUAUUAA